CGUCCUACUGUCCCUAUCCCUCACGGAAAAAGCGAAAUUGCUGCAAAACAAAAGGGUAGGCUAGUCCAUUACACACCAAAAUGACAUGUCCGAACAACGUGGCAGCGGGAUCGUUUCUAAUGGACUCGUUGGUCGGAGGUUCAUCUCCUUACAGAGGUGAGGGUUACUCCGCCAACUCCGGGAUGUAUAUGCAAACGGCUGCAGACUAUGGCUGCUCGAUGAUGAGAAAUUUCGGUAUUCUGGGCGCACCUCUGUCUAAACGGGAUGAGCUUCCACCAACCAGCCUCUCCCUCAGCGCCUACCACCAUUCGCAUUACCUGUCACAGCGGGACGCCUGGGGAACGGGUGCGAAAACUUACAGGAACGGACAACCUGUUGCCCAGGCUUUGCAUCCGUGUUCCUUUACGACAAGCAAUGUCAAAGAGGAAGACAUUUCUUGUGUAUUUCAAGCUGAUACGGAUAGGUCUAAAGACUCAAACGAGUCGUCUACAUACAUACGACUGGGAGACAAUACCAGGCAGACGGAUCAAAGCACGGUCGCUGCGCACGACUAUUUUCGCGGAGGCCAAGUCUAUUCAACCCAGGGAGGACAACAAGGAGGUGCGUUUGGGACAGAUUUCCCAUCUAUGCCCAGAAUAACAUCGCCCAUUGAGACCCCAUCGUCAGAUGAAUCUGUCAAAAGAAGCAAGUCCAAGCAAGGCACUACUGAUGAUGAGAAGAAAGCUGAGGAGCAUGAUACCAACCAAGGGCAACCUAGCAAAGAGGAGAAUGGCCCUAAGACCGACAGCUGUACAGAUGACUCAGACAAUGAACUGAAAGAGGAGGAUCGAUUGGAGAAGACAACUGGAAAUUGGCUGAAGGCAAAAAGUGGAAGAAAGAAGAGAUGCCCUUACACAAAGUACCAGACUCUGGAGCUUGAGAAGGAGUUCUUGUUCAACAUGUACUUGACCCGUGAGCGCCGCCUGGAGAUCAGCAAGAGUAUCAACCUCACUGAUAGACAGGUCAAAAUAUGGUUCCAAAAUCGGAGGAUGAAACUGAAGAAGCUAAAUAGAGAGAGUCGAGUUCGUGAGCUAACAGGCUACAAUUUUCAUUAAAUUGAUGCGCACACACACACCCACACACCCACCCACCCACACACACACACACACACACAAACACACACACACACACACAUACACACACACACACACACAGCGCGCGUUCGAGCAUGUGGAUUAUGACCAGGGAUUGGGAGAUUUAUACGGAUGAUACAAACACAAUUCUGUUUACACAAUUCAAAAGAAAUCUUUACAAUUAAUAUCAGCUUUACUUGGUCCUGAACAAAGCCUGAUCAAGACAUUGACCUCAUAGUGUAAAUAGCCGUCACACGGAAUAUUGAUUGCCCAGAAAGUAAACUUUACGCUUUUUUGUAUAAGAUGCCCUCAACGUUCUUAUAAUGCAUUUGUGAGCUUAUAUGUUGUCAGUGUCGCAUACAAUUUGCACGAUGUAUUCUGCAUGUACAUUGUUUUAUUCUUAUGCAUAUAUCAUUU